AUGGAGUUAUAUCAGAAGGAGUCUGUGCGGUGGAUGAGAAGACACAGCCAGAGUCUCCUUCAGGAUCUCUUCUACAUGGGUGUUCAAGCUGGGGACAGAGACACACCUAUACCAGCACAAUCUGGAACUGCUAAUAAGACUGUAGCUGCCAGCAUCAUCAGUGGGAAGAGCAAGCUUCUUCUGCUGGAAAGCCCUGACAGUGUGGAAAUCUACAGUCUUAAUAAACCAGUGGCGCACCCAGGGGUAGGAGGGACGGGACAUGUCUACCUCCCUGCCAUCACAGCCAAGGCCUCCAGUCUGGCUUCAGUCAGAGGCUCUCUGAGCGCUUCCUGCCCUUAUCUGUACAGCGAACGCAGAGGAUCCUUCUCUUCCAUAGGCUCACAGAGAACUGCAGUCUAUAACAAGAACAAACAGAGUAACCUAAAGGCAUUGAAGGAGGCCAAGCGAUCCAAUGUCACCGUGACGAUGACCUACCUGGGGUCACUUGGUCACCUGGGGUCUGCAGGGUCACAGCAGGAUGAGCUGAAAGUGCUCCAGCAGAUCUGUGGAGGAGAGAACAUCUGUGUCUUCAAGGGCUUGGUACAACCAGGAGAGCAGUUCCAGUGGGUCUCCCAGAGGCACCGGGGUUACCCCUUUAGCGGCACCAUGUAUGUGAACAGCCUCAUCGCUGCUAGGAUCAGCUCCUGCUGUGAGUACCGCUAUGCCCUGGGCUUCCAGCAGGGCAAGAAGAGCUGCUUCAGACUCACCUGGCUGGCUGGAGGGAUGCCCUGCUAUAGAUGUACAAGUUUCCGAAACAAAUACAGCUCCUACCAGCAGCUGAACAAUGGCACACAAGAGAACCUCAGUCUGCCUCCAGACGAAAACCCUGGCAAUGCCAAACCAGAAACCAAGCCAAAGAAGGCUGUGAAGAGGAGAACUAGGAAGAACCUGAAGGAUGGGAGCACUGGCAGCUGGUCUACAGACACUGAAGAUCCUGCUUGUACCAACGUGAAGAAGAACGUGAAGGCAAGGAAGCCCAAAACACGCAAGAGCCAAUCCCAUCAGACAAAAGACAUCAAGGACACUGCCAAUGAGAGAGAGGACAGCAAGGCUCCAGCAAAUCACAGAGAUGACAGCAUGGCCCUGGUUAAUGAGAGAGAAGACAGCAAGGGGUCAGGGUUCACAGGUGAGUGCGAGGACCUAUCUCUGUCUGGCCCAGAGAGCAGAACACACCAGAAAAAGACCAGACAAGUUAAGAAGACCCCAGAGAAAGACAAAGACAAUGCCAAGACCCCACAAAAAGAGUCCAAUAACAGAGUCAACAUCCCUGAUUCAUUGCAGGAUGAGGAAGCUCUGAGUAAGCAGAACGGGAAGAAAAAUAAGGAUUUGGGAUCAAAUGGGAAAAGCAGAAAUGGGGAAAGACUGAAGGACUUCUAUGAAGAAUGUAUGGAAAUGAGCACUGGUCUGGACCUGAGCCCAAACAAACAGCACUGGUUCAAGGCAAACAUACUGGAAAGGCGGCGUCUGGAGAAGAAGUUGUCAUCUUGUCCCAACCCCUCGGGCUCAGAUGUGGAGCUAAGUGAGGAGAGUGACAGUGCUCUGCACCCUGACAGGCAUCCAGGGUACCAGGACCGAGCUGUACUCAACACGAGUAAAACACACAUCUCAAUGAUAGAACAAGACCUACAGGCCCAGCUGGAUGUGAUGAUGCAGGUGUUGAACACGUCUGACGAGGUGGAGCAGCUGGUGCUGAGGAACACUGGCUUGACAGACGCACUCCUACUGAGCCUGGCCGCAGCCCUGAAGAGGAGCGCCUCGGAGGUCACAUUCCUCAAUCUCAACCUCAACCACCUCGGACCCCAAGGGGCCCACAUCCUCCUGGACCUACUGGGGGCCAAGCCCCAGGUCAAAGGACUGCUCUUGUUUGGAAACCAACUGGGAGACCCUGGAGUUCUGACACUACUUAGUGGACUGGCUCAACUCCAGGAGAUAACAACGAGACACCCAACAUCACUACCAUGGAUUGAAGAUCCCCAGGUCCAGGGCCAGAACCCGUUAACACACUCAGGUGUCCCCCUCCCUCCAACUACAAGGGGCACUCUCUACCCCUUUUCACUUUUGGAGCUGGACAUAGGAGGAAACGGGCUGAGCAGCAAUGGCCUGAGGAUGUUGACAUCCUACAUGAGACUCCACUCAAGACUGCAGUACCUGGGGCUGGCCCGGACCACUGGUGCGGACCUAGAGGCAUGGCGGGAGCUGUUUGACUCUCUGAAGGGAAACGUGACCCUCAGCCAUAUUAUCCUGGAUGAGAGUAACCUAGGAGACCAGGGAGCCAGGCUAUUCGCUGACACGCUGAGAGCCAAUCAGAGCCUGAGGCAGGUGGAUCUGGACAGUAAUGGGAUUGGUGAGGUGGGAGGAAGUGAAAUCAUAGAGGCGCUGCUUUGUAGGACACAGUUUCCGCUGAGACACCUGAGUCUGGAGGGGAAUGGUAUCAGCACCGGACUAAUGGGUAGAAUUCAACAGGAAGUGAGAUUUAACUGACAGAAACAUGUUUUUAUUUAAUUUAAUUUUUUACAUAUUACAGAACUGGAAUUUAUCCAAACUGAUGAACAAGGUAGGGCACAGCGCAUAGCACAAAAGAGGAACAGUCAAAAUAGAUGUUGUGGAAAAGACUAAAUAAUAUGGAUUUGUCUGACUAUUUCUACACAAGAUCAGCAUCUAGCUACUGUACACGAGACUAGACUAUUCCUCACUGUUAAUAAAUUACUUCUCACAUCUAUGUUGAAUCAUCUCAAUUGUAGCUCAGUCAGUGUAAAUUGCAGGUCAGUGGAAUAAAACUGGAAAAACAUUUGACUCUCUUUGCCAACUCACAUGGAGGGCCUUUCCCUCUGCUACUGGUGGCCCUGAUUUAAAUAUCUUUGUAGAGCUCACAGACAUGGCCAUCAGCUCAGCAGGUAGGAGUGCGUUGGGAUUUAGCUAGGCUGCUCUGCGGUAUGGAUGAGACGUCAGAGAAAAGCCCUGUAAAGUAAGUCUUUCUUCCCAGAACCUGUGGUGAGGCCAGGCCAGGAUGUUUACCUUGUGCUAUUUUCUUCCCACCCUGAUUUAUUCACAAAUGCUGCCCUCAGGACCACACUCUCCUCCUUGUUGACGCUUGUUAUUCCCUAAAGUUUAGUAUUCCCCUGGAAAAUUUGGAGAAAUAUCCAUAUCUCGUAACCAUGGUGAUGCAAACAUGAAGUGGCACAAUUAAACAGUACUUCCUAUUAGAUACUAAUGUAAAAAUGUAUUUCUACAGUAUCUACUGUAUUUUUUUUUAAAGGCAGGAAUGAAGAAAAUCGAAUAAAAAAAGAAAUAUAUCCAUCACAUAAUAUAUCCAUAAUUGUGUUGACAUAAUGACCAAACGUGUUUUGCGUGUG